AUGACACAUCUCUCGGUGAAUGCAGAGAACGCAGCAAAAGCAGAGAAUUUCGCAAACAAGCUUCCCAGUCCGCACACUGCCACGAAGCUGCUCAGUGACCCACUCGCACUCCUCCCGCCGAUCCUAUCCGUCGACGAUGUGCACGCGCUGUUGACACCCGAGCGAGGAGAGGCAACGCAGACGCCUACACGCACACUGAGCGCUGGGGAGAAGGAGCGACUGGUGAAUCGGGCGCUAAGCGAGGCGGUGUCAUGGACAAAUCUAGCUCUGCUCGACUGCGUGUUAGGUGCAGUAGGGCGGCGGUGGGUGAAUGUCGAUCUGCGCGAUAACGAGCGCACGCCCAUGCUCGUAGUGGCCGCUGCGUCGUGCUGGCUCGAUGGGAUAGCUCUUUUGCUUGGCGCCGGUGCCGAUCCCAACGCGAGCGACAGUCAAUCGUGGACGGCACUGCAUUGGUCGGCUAUUAACUCGCAUAGUCAGCCAGACGUCUGUGCGCGCAUUGUCGCACUCCUCCUCCACCACGGCGCUUCGCCUCUUCUCACCUCUAGCAAGGGACGCACCGCGAGGGAUAUCGCACCCGUUUCAAACGAUAUCGGUGAACUACUCGACGGGGCACAGGAGCAAGCGGCUGCGCAGUCCAGUUCCGACCUCUUCUCACUCUCGCAAGCGUCGCUCACACCGUCGCAUACGCCGCGUACUAAACUGCGAGCGCGCGAGAAGAAGGCAGCGCGCAACACGUCGAUUCUUCACCACGCAGCAGACGAACUCGGCUUCGACCGCGCGCUGGUCCACGACGCAGCACCAGGAGAGGGUCACGCGGAGGGUGAGGAGGAGGAUGAGAUGGAAUUAGCUGAUGGAAUGUCGCGGGUAUUCGAUUGGAGUGUGUGUCUACCCCACCAGAUGCUCAUUAUCAAUCCCGACACUCUACAGCUGGCCAUAGAUGCCCUCCUCGCGCUCCCGUCGCACCCUCGUCCCAUAGCCUACGCAAGCGCACCUGCCAGUGCACUCUUCUUGUGGCAGCGAUACGCCACCCAUUACGGCGAUCCUGGUGGUGAGCUCUCCUCGCUCAUUUUCGACCAUGCCGUUGAAAACAUCGAACAGCGCGCAUCAGCUGCCGCUGAUAAUCUCCCAGCACUCGCUUUUUGGUUGCACAACGUGACAUUAUGGCUCUACUUCAUCGGCGCAGACGGGACGUUAUGCGAGUUUCACGACAUGCAGGCUAUCUUGGCCGAUUUGCUUAACGAGAUACACGUCUUUGUCGUGCGACUCGUCGAACGCAGACUGGAUGCCCUUCUCGACUCCCUCAUUCUCGACUUUAAUAGCAUGCCUGAACUAGAUGAUGUCCGACUCGACGGCGAGUGGAGGAUCGUGCGUGCGCUCACUAGGCGCAAGGAUGGCGCUAAAAGCCCUGGAAAGAGAGGUCUCGGACAUCGAAGAAACGGUGGCGGAAGCUUGUCCAGCAGCAUUUUCGGGAUGGGCGGUGGUGGUGGAUCGACGAGUUCGUUUGCAGAUAUUUUCAACGGCAGUAAUAACAAGAAUGAAAAGAAGGAAAAACACUCGGAUUCACUCGGACCUACCUCGCCGGCAUCCCCCAGAUCACCAUCAUUUGACGAGGCUACAAAACGGCGGCCGAUUAGCACAUCCAUUUUGCCUUCAGAUACCACCUUGCCCAGUUCGCCAUCUCUGUCGUCUUUAGCAAAUGCAGGUAAUUCAGGUACCCACGACACGAUCGGCGACAAGUUUAAGAAGAUCAAUGUAGAAGACAUUGACAACGGCUCACCCAAGAAGCUCACCCAUCUACUCAACUCGACUCUGCUAGUAUUAGAGCAAUACAAUGUGAAUGAGGCGACGAUAGUGCAGAUUUUCUCUCAAAUCCUCUACUGGACGUCUAGCGAGGUAUUUAACCGUGUGAUAACCAAUAAGAGGUACUUCAGCCGUAGCCGUGCGACAAUGAUUCGCUUCAACCUGAGCGCGAUUGAGGAGUGGGUGAAAAUGAACAAAUUGCCAGCGAGCAUAUUCAAUCACCACUUCGCACCUCUCAUGCAAAUGCUACAGUGGCUGGGAUGUCUGUCGGCGAUGACGGAUUUCUGCGCACUCAUUUCGACCCUACAGGGUUUGCGCCAGCUCAACCCAACCCAGUUGCACAAGAUGCAGAAGGAGUAUCGCCACGAGGCAGCUCCCGUCGUUGAGAGCCGCAUGAGCGCUGAGUGUGUCGCUUACCUCGAUCAGCUCGUGCAGGCGUGGGACUCGCGUAGGUGUUCCGCUGAUUCGCAGCAAACCCACCCAACCCCAGGCGUGCCGGCCAAGACGAUGAACCAUGUUGACUACCUAUACCCAAACUCGGAUAGUGCACCCACUCAGCAAAACGGAGUUGGAGUUGGAGUUGGUCUCGGAUUAGGACUGGGUGUGCAGCCGAGUACCGCCACCAGCAGUAGUAACAGUAAUAUUAACAGUAAUAGAAACAGUCACAGUCACAGUCAUAGUGCCACAGGCGAUGCGUAUAUGCCCCCACCUUUGCCAGAAAACUUUGGGGAGCAGGUCGACAGCAGGUACAUGCUGCCAUUCGAGCUGCCGAGCGACCUGGAACACCUGCAGUGGCGGCGUAGGAAGUCGGCGCAGACGGCCGAUACGACUGACACCCCCAGGAUGGCGUCUCUCGGCGCGCUUGACGAUGACCUCCUCUCUGUUCCCACUUCCCGCCCGGCGUCGCGCGCUUCGUCGACGCAUUCAUCCUCCCCUCUCGCGCACAAUGCGCACACCGCUCAAGUCACCAUCACACCGGAUGUACCGCAGGAUAUUUUGACUCGUAUCGACAAUGCUGUCAGCGAGGGCGUGAAGCGAUAG